CAGUUGCAAACUAUCGUUUCGUUUUCUGAGGUGGGACGCUUUAAGCCUUCCCGCCGAGAUCCGGAGCUGUCCUCCAGCUGUUAGAAAGAAAGAGCUUAUUUUUCUUUUGCAAUCUCUUGAUACAACUCGCGGCUUACAUUUUUGGGUGGACGUGUUUUCGAAAAUUCAGUAGAGAACUGAAAAGUGAAAAAGUUUUAACUUACAGCAAAAGGUCCUUUGAUUGAGAGUUUUGUUUAGUCCUCAUUUUUAACUCUUAAGCAGACCCAGCCCAACAUGGUGAUGUUCAAGAAGAUCAAGUCUUUCGAGGUAGUUUUUAACGACCCCGAAAAGGUGUACGGCAGUGGGGAGAAGGUCGCUGGCCGGGUGAUAGUGGAAGUGUGUGAAGUCACUCGAGUCAAAGCUGUCAGGAUCCUGGCUUGCGGAGUGGCCAAAGUCCUGUGGAUGCAGGGAUCCCAGCAAUGCAAGCAGACGUUGGACUACUUACGCUACGAAGACACGCUUCUCCUGGACGACCAACCAGCUGGUGAGAAUGAGAUGGUGAUCAUGAGACCUGGAAACAAAUAUGAAUACAAGUUCGGCUUUGAGCUUCCUCAGGGGCCUCUGGGAACAUCUUUCAAAGGAAAAUAUGGGUGUGUGGACUACUGGGUGAAGGCUUUUCUUGAUCGUCCCAGCCAGCCAACUCAAGAGACAAAGAAAAACUUUGAAGUGAUGGAUCUAGUGGAUGUCAAUACUCCUGAUUUACUGGAACCUGUGUCAGCUAAAAAGGAGAAGAAAGUUUCCUGCAUGUUCAUACCUGAUGGGCGGGUGUCUGUCUCUGCACGAAUUGACAGAAAAGGAUUCUGUGAAGGUGAUGAGAUUAACAUCCAUGCUGAUUUUGAGAAUACGUGUUCCCGCAUCGUGAUCCCCAAAGCUGCCAUUGUGGCCCGCCACACUUAUCUUGCCAAUGGCCAGACCAAGGUGCUGACGCAGAAGUUAUCAUCAGUCAGAGGCAAUCACAUUAUCUCCGGAACCUGUGCAUCAUGGCGUGGCAAGAGCCUUCGAGUGCAGAAGAUCAGGCCUUCUAUCUUGGGCUGCAAUAUCCUGCGAGUUGAAUAUUUCUUACUGAUCUACGUUAGCGUCCCUGGCUCCAAGAAAGUCAUUCUUGACCUGCCCCUGGUUAUUGGCAGCAGGUCAGGCCUCAGCAGCCGGACGUCCAGCAUGGCCAGCCAAACCAGCUCCGAGAUGAGUUGGGUAGACCUGAACAUCCCAGAUACCCCAGAAGCUCCUCCUUGCUAUAUGGAUAGCAUUGCUGAAGAUCACCGGUUGGAGAGCCCCACUACUCCUCUGCUAGAUGACACAGAUGGUUCUCAAGACAGCCCUAUUUUUAUGUAUGCUCCUGAGUUCAGGUUCAUGCCACCACCUACUUACUCUGAGGUUGAUCCCUGCAUCCUGAACAACAAUGUGCAGUGAGCAUGUGGAAGAAAAGAAGCAGUUAUACCUACCUGUUUCUUUUCAUCUCUCUUCCUGGACUCUUUGAUUUUUUAGAGACUCAACAGUCUCCACAGUGGGGUACAGGUCCACCCCAGCCUCUGACUCUCCAGUGUAGGAGGUGAUCAGCAGGCAAUCUCCUGGGCCUUAAAGGGUGCAUACUCGUCCUCAGCCAGUGAGAUGAUGUGAUACAGAGUUUUUUGCUAGAUGGGUUUAAAAACACAUUAGAAAAAAAACUAAGGCCCAUCCCAUUUUCUUGAAUCUCUUCGAAAAUUGAGGCAUUUUCAGUAGUUUUGAGUAAGGGGUAGAAAUGGCAUCCUGGAAUGGUGUUCCCACAGUUAAAUUGAGGGGAUUAUAUAAUAGAGAUACUGUUAUAACAAUAGAUCUUGAACCUCUGCCAUGUGGAGGAGAGCCAAUUUAGCAAACUAAGAAAGUGAAAAGAAAAAAUGGUCAUGGCCAAAACUUUGGGAAAAGGAUAUUCUUAAAAUCAUUGUUCCCCACUGUUUGUACACUUACAGAAAAAGAAAAGCCCUCCAGAAUUGAUUGGGUUUGGACUCUGGAGCAAGCUUCCCAUGUGAAUUAAAGGGGAGGAGCUUUAAGUUUCAUUGUUUAGAAAGUAGUUUUAAUCAGUCAUAAAGCAGUAGUAACUGUGCCCCACCAGAGGUCUUAAAAGCCAUUUUUAGAGCUUGUUGCACUGUGUUCUCCUGUUGGCAAACAUUUUUAUGUGGGAGAAAUUUUUUUUUUUUCUCGUGUGACUCCUUGGAAUUGAUUCUGAGGCAAUGUCCUUAGCACUUUAGUUUGUGUCAAAUUUGGGGUUUUUUCCUUUCUCAGAUGUAAGCUAAAACUGGUCUACUAUGUCUCUAGGGGUAAGCACAAUGACAGGGAAAAAAAAGUGUUCCUGCUUUUGAGACUUUGUCCCAGUGUACGGAAUUCUGCAUUUCUGACACUGAUCACGUGAGAAGGGUUGCUGCUAUCAGCCUUGCCCACUGUGACUUCUCCAAACCCAAGGAGGAACCCUAGAUAAAGUGCCCCAACACUGUGAUGAGAGCAUCCAGAUGUUGCCAUGAGAAACCAGAAGGCAGAUCUUCACAGAAGCCCCAAGGGCUCACUUCCUGCCCAGUGUUAGGAGACAGGGUUGUUGACAGCCCCUGUUUCACUGCAGCCUCUAGCACUUGGUCAGUCACUCUCCGCCUUAGCACUUUGUUCACUGUCCUGUGUCAGAGCUCUGAGCUCUAUCUACCCUUUUCUGAAAAGGUAUGUGGGCUGAAGGUGGUUUCAUUUUUUGUUUUUUAAUUGUAUAUCUUUUUGUAUGAGAAAAACUAUAUUUUGUACUUAACCAGAUAUAUUUUUCACCCCAGGUGGGGGUAUUCUUUGUAAAAAAAAAGAAAGAAAAUAAAAAGUUUUUUAAUGGCAAAAAAA